AUGGUAUGCAGUUAUCCUUCCCGGGCAUAUAAAGCAGAGACAGCUAACCGCUCGACAGUCGGACUCACGCCUCUACUCCUUCUCCCCCGAGACGAACGAGAAACUCCCAAAAGACCCGCAGGCUAUGAUAUGUACUUUCCCCUGAUAUAUCUACGGAGCUUGUCGUUCGUGCUGGGCUUGUUAGCGUGUUUUAGCAGCUGGAGGAAGAUACAAGACGCCGUGUAUAUAGAUAUGAUAGAUGCGAAGAGCCAGGAAAUCCGGCCCUUUGACGAUGAAGUUUACUCAAAUAUGGAAGAUCUGGCGGAGGAGCUCCCUGACUCCUCGCCACGAUUUAUCUUACUGAGUUACCCGCUGACGAAGGCGUCUGGGCGUCUUGCUGUGCCAUACGUGCUCCUGUACUACCUUCCAGAAAACUGCAACCCAUCGCAGAGGAUGAUGUACGCCGGCGCCGUGGAGCUGAUGAGGAGUACCGCAGAGGUUAAUCGAGUGAUAGAGGUCGAGAGCGAGACAGACGUGAUAGAGAUCGAGAAGAAGCUUCAAGCUGCACCGUAG